AUGGCGACUACCCAGUUUGCCUUCCGUACGCCUAAGAGUAUUGGCAUGGUCAACGGUGAACCAUCCUACGAACCUGUGCCUGGCUUUGAUAGACCCGAAGGCAACCUUCGCUGCUGCUCUUAUUCUCCCUGCGGCCGAUACUUCGCUUGGGCAUCUCCCGAACAGGUGAAGAUUGUGGACGCUGACUCAGGAUCAAUUAUCUCUACCCUCCCUGCGGAGAACGUCUACGAACUUGGCUUCUCCCCCUUGGGCACUUACAUCAUCACGUGGCAGCGUCCUUCCAAAGACGAGAAUGGCGACGCUGUGAAGAAUCUCAAGGUCUGGCUUGUGAUCGACGACAAAGCUAUCGCCGAAGGCGUCGAGAAAGAGACGGUCGGCAAGUUUGUACAGAAAUCCCAAACAGGCUGGAAUUUGCAGUACACUUUCGACGAGAAGUUCUGUGCAAGGGUCGUCACAAACGAGGUGCAGAUUUAUGAGAGCCAGAACUUGACCCAGGUGUGGAAUAAGCUGCGCGUUGAGGGUGUGGCGGACUUUGCCGUGUCCCCUGGCAAGAACCACUCGAUCGCUGUCUUCAUUCCCGAACGAAAGGGCCAGCCAGCUGCCGUGCGAGUCUAUAAUGUCCCAGAGUUCACCAUCCCCGUCUCUCAGAAGAACUUUUUCAAGGGAGACAAGGUGCAGCUGAAGUGGAACGACCAUGGGACCUCGUUGAUCGUCUUGGCUCAGACUGAAGUGGACAAAACGGGCAAGAGUUACUAUGGAGAGACCACUUUGUAUCUCCUGAGCGCUAACGGCGGCUUUGAUUCGCGGAUCGACCUCGACAAGGAAGGGCCAAUCCAUGAUGUGUCUUGGUCGCCAAAGUCCAACAGCUUUGCAGUGGUCUAUGGAUACAUGCCAGCGAAGACUGUCAUUUUCAAUAAUCGAGCGCAGGUCGUCCAUACUUUCGCCCUUGGGCCACGCAACACGGUCUUGUUUUCGCCCCACGGUCGCUAUGUCCUCGUUGCAGGUUUCGGCAACCUUGCGGGCCAGAUGGACAUCUACGACCUGGAGAAGGACUUCACCAAGAUUUGUACGAUCGAAGCGAGCAACGCCAGUGUUUGUGAAUGGUCGCCCGAUGGUCGCCACAUUCUCACUGCCACCACUUCUCCUCGUUUGCGCGUCGACAAUGGUGUGAGGAUUUGGUAUGCUGGUGGACCGUUGAUGUAUAACGAGGACUUCUCGGAGCUGUAUCAUGUCUGCUGGCGCCCUCAGCCUACAUCGGCACACCCCAUGCCGUCCAAUGCACUGUCCACGGUACCCACCCCUCACAUCAGCGCCACCCAGUACCUAGGCACCAAGAAGACGCCCAGUAAGCCUGUUGGCGCGUAUCGCCCACCCGGCGCCCGAGGUCAGGUCACACCUCUCUCAUUCAAGCGUGAAGAUGAGGGUGGUGCGGUCUUUGUCAGAGAUGACCCAUCUUCGUUCUCUAACCACGUCAAUGGCUUUGGCAAAUCACGGCAACGAACCGUACCUGGAGCAGAACCCACGGAUGAACGUCAACCACUUCCUCCUGGUGCUGCUCCUGGUGGUGGGGUUAGCUUGACUGGCACUGGCGAGGGCGCUGAUAGCGACAUGUCGAAAGCAGCGAAGAAAAAUGCGAAGAAGCGUGAGGCCAAAAAAGCAGCUGCGGCCGCGGCGAAGGAGCAGGCUCUUAGCAGUGCCCUCGCACCUGAAGGACAGGGCAAUCGCAACCGCAACGGUAGCAGAUCACGCAGUGGCAGCAAUGCCCGUGGCGACGGAGCUGGUGGUCAAGGCGGCCACCAACGCAGCCGCAGUAAGGGCUACGUGCCUGCUCCUGGCCUAGAUGGUAAAAAGGACAGGAGCCGCAGCAACUCGCGUCGUCAGAGAGGCGAAUCGCAGGUUAAUGGCCUACCUCAUCGCCCCAAUCCAAACAACAACCAGAAGAAGUCGCCUCUGCCCCCUGCUAUCGACACGAAGCCUCCUCCACCACCUGUUCCGCAAGGUGAUGCACCGGAGAUUGACAUCACCCUGCCGACGCCAACCACUCCUGGGGGCGCUUCGAACACAGAGAAGAAGGUCAGAGGGUUGCUCAAGAAGAUCCGCGCCAUUGACGAUCUAAAGAUGAGACUGGCGGCGGGCGAAAAGCUUGAGGAUACGCAGAUGCGGAAGAUUCAUAGUGAAGAAUCAGUGCGAUCGGAGCUUAAAGCAUUGGGAAGCGCUGGAUAG